UAUGUCACAAUUCCUGUGCGAUUGGACCUCAGGCCGUUGAAAGAAGGGGGAAAAAGCGAUUGGAUCAUACAGCAUCACACCUUGAAUUAAGAUUUAGACCACCUAGACACAAUAUCGGCUUAGACAUUAGACUGCAUAAUAUAUAUGCGAGCGUGCGUGCGUGCGUUAAACAUCCGUGGUUUCGAAGAGCAAAACUCCGAACCCAAUAGAAAUGGAAGCUCUUUUGUGCAGAAAAUUGGGUGAUCCGACUGUGUCUGCACAAGAUAAUUCUAGCCCAAUAUAUGUCUCGAAAAAUCACCCUAUUCCUGAGUUGGAUUCUCCCACUUCUGUAAGAGUUAGAAUCAAAGCCACCAGCUUGAAUUUUGCAAAUUAUUUGCAGAUUCUGGGUAAGUAUCAAGAGAAGGCUACUUUGCCAUUUAUCCCAGGUUCCGAUUUUUCUGGCUUCGUUGAUGCCGUUGGCCCCAAAGUUUCCAAUCUCAGAGUCGGAGACCCUGUUUGUUCCUUCGUUCCCCUUGGGUCUUUUGCUGAAUUGAUCGUUGUAGACCAGAGCCAACUGUUUCGCGUUCCCAAAGGUUGUGAUCUGGUUGCUGCCGGGGCUCUUCCAGUGGCUUUCGGUACUUCACACGUUGCACUCGUCCAUAGAGCUGGAUUGACCUCUCGUCAGGUAUUGCUGGUUUUGGGUGCAGCAGGAGGUGUAGGCCUUGCAGCCGUACAAAUUGGAAAAGCUUGUGGUGCCAUUGUCAUAGCUGUCGCUAGGGGAAGUGAAAAGGUGACUUUAAAAUCACUUGGUGCUGAUCAUGUGGUGGACUUGGCUGGUCAAAAUGUCACUCAGAGUGUCAAAGAGUUUCUCCAUGCUCAAAAGCUCAAAGGGGUUGAUGUCCUCUAUGACCCAGUUGGAGGCAAGCUUACUAAAAACUAUGAAGCUUUAAACUGGGGAGCUAAAAUUCUGAUCAUUGGGUUUGCAAGUGGAGAAAUUCCUGUCAUCCCUGCUAAUAUAGCUCUUGUCAAGAACUGGACAGUGCAUGGUCUUUACUGGGGUAGCUAUAAGAUACAUCGGCCAAGUGUUCUUGAAGAUUCUGUCAGGGAGCUACUUUGCUGGCUGGCAAGAGGCUUGAUUUCUAUCCACAUUUCUCAUUCCUACCGGCUUGAAGAGGCCAACCUGGCUUUUGCUGCUAUCAGAGAUAGAAAAGCUAUUGGGAAGGUGAUGAUUGUUUUUGAUGAGAAACGUCCCAUAUCAAAGCUGUGACUCCGCUAACAUUGAAGGACUUUGCCUAAUUUGUGGUGCCCUUUGAUGCCUGGAUAACAUUUUCCAAUAAAUGUGUGGGGCAGCACUUUGCUCCACUGGUGAUAUGCUGCCUGUUAAAGAUGCUCAUACCUCAUUUUUAGUCA